AUCCGAAAAAUCAUCAAAAUGGGAUUUCUCACAGUGCUGAAGAAAAUGCGACAGAAGGAAAAAGAGAUGCGAAUCCUGUUACUCGGUCUCGAUAAUGCCGGAAAAACCACAAUUCUCAAGAGGUUCAAUGGCGAGCCAAUUGACGAAAUUUCACCCACACUUGGUUUCAACAUCAAAACUAUCGAACAUCGUGGCUACACACUGAAUAUGUGGGAUGUCGGAGGCCAGAAAUCCCUGCGAUCGUACUGGAGAAAUUACUUUGAGAGCACAGACGGGUUGAUAUGGGUCGUCGAUAGUGCGGAUCGGAUGCGACUUGAUGCUUGUAAAGAAGAAUUGGGAAAAUUAUUGCAGGAGGAACGACUUGCUGGUGCUACUUUGCUCGUUCUCGCUAACAAACAAGACAUGCCUGGUGCACUGAGUCCCCAAGAAAUCCACGAAGUACUCGAAUUAGAUCAAAUUAAGACACAUCAUUGGUGUAUAUUUGGCGUUAGUGCCGUGACGGGCGAAAAAUUGCUCUCGGGAGUCGAUUGGCUGCUUGAUGACAUUGCAAAACGAAUUUUCACAUUAGAUUAGAAAAG